AUGGAAACCUUUUGUACGAGUAACUUUAUUCAUUUUGCGUGUGAACCUGUUACAGUGAGGCCUGAGGAAGCUUUCUAUCUGUAUGGAAAGGUGAUGGGGAAAUCUAGGAGAGAGGCCAUCUGUGACCAGCAUGGGGUUGGGGUGGGGCUGCAAGAGCAUCCAGAGGGCUACAUUGGAUCAUGGACUUGUACUUGACUGAGGGAACUUCCAGACUCAGCGGGGCUAAACUGCAGUUGGGAUAACCAGCUCUCCAAACAGGUGCUGCAGAGUUGGUGAGGUCAGCCCCCAAGGACUCUCAGUCACCGAGACCAGGCAGGCCACUCCCACAGUUCUCUCCUAGAGGCUGGGUCCCACCGCAACAAGCGCCACCCCUAGCACCGCUCCGCCACAAGCCCCACCCACUCUGGAGUAGGCCGGGUCCCACACGCUAACAUUCUCCUCCACGCCCCCACUCCCCCUGCCAGUAAUGAACCUGCUCCCUUAAGGCCCCACCCACAAAGCAAGAAUAGUCCCGCCCCCUCCAACUCGGGGUGCCGUCCCAUCCGCGCAGGCGCCAUGAAUAUUCCCUGCCGCUUGCUCAGGUGUCAUGGAGCUGCGUUCCUUGUCGCCGCCUCUCUGCACCCUACCUCCGGGACCUGGACCCCCGCGAUUUGUGUGCUACUGCGAGGGAGAGGGUAGCGAGGACGGAGACCGCGGUAUCUUCAACUUGUAUGUGACGGACGCUGAGGAGCUUUGGAGCACCUGCUUCACGCCGGACAGCCUGGCGGCGCAUAAAACUCGUUUGGGCCUGAGUGUGACUGAAGACAUCACUCCCCGGUUCAGGGCAGCCUGCCAGAAGCAAGCUGUUACAGUCACUCUGCAGGAGGACAGAGCAUCCCUGAGCUUUUCAGACGGGGCCUCAACUCUACACUUUGUCCUCUCCAAGGUGCCAGGCACCGAGGCAGCCCCCAGGUUGCAGGCACUAACCCUAGGCCUGGCACAGCGCGUGUGCAGCUUGGAGCAGCAACUGGCAGAGGUGAAAACCUACAGCCCCAAGAAGAGCUCCCAGUUGGUAGGGCCUUCAUUUUUUUUACCAGACCUAGAUAUUCAUCGAGGGGGCUCUGGACCUGGGGUCAAGAGGCGUUGUCCAGGAGAGUCCCUCAUCAACCCUGGCUUCAAGAGGUACCCACCUGCCCACCCUUCCCACCUGUGCCCAGGGUCCUGCCUUAGACCCCUGCCCCUCCUUGCACACUCCCAGUGUCACCCACUGUCCUCCCCCAGUAAGAAGCCAGCUGGCGGUGUAGACUUCGAUGACCCCUGAAGGUGCAGCAAAAAGUAUGGUCCUGCCUAUAAGUGGGGGAGCUACCCCUAAGAACCCCCCACUGGAGACUCCACCCCCUCCACCUGUCUAUCCUGCUUCUGUAAAAAGAGGAAAGCUGCUUCUCCAGGAACCAGAGAUAGCUCACCUAGUAGGGCAUCUGCCUUGCUGUGCAUGUGACCCAGGUUGGAAUCCUGGCAUAUCACAAGGGAGUGUCACCAAAUCACCAGGGGAAGCUCUGGUGCUGCACCGUGUCCUUCUCUCUCUGACUCUACAUGAAAAAGUUGGUCUGAACCAUUGAGAUCACACAUCCUGUAGGCUCCUGUAACAACAACAACAACAACAAAAUGAAACAACACCUUGCUCCUGCUGCUUGUCUCUAUCAAAUAAACAGCCUCCUCAAUGAA